CAUAUAAAUAAUAAUGGCAACAGCGAUAAAAGAUGGAAUCCCUGUUAUGGAUACCCUGGUUAAAUAUGACACUCCAGUAUUAGUCACAACUCGUCCAGAGAAGGUACCCAAAGAUACAACACCAAAAAUUGGAGCAACAGUUUGCAAAGUGCAAACAACUAUUCCUACAAUAGACACACGACAUGAGACUACUGAAGUUCUGAACAGGAUUUUGCCACCUAAACAAUGGGAAGAAGAUGGUCAAACCUGGACUCAACAAGUAUCAAGUAUACCAGCAACGAGACUAGAUGUUAUUAAUUUACAAGAACAACUUGAUAUGAAAUUGCAACAAAGACAAGCAAGAGAAACUGGUAUUUGCCCAGUUCGUAGAGAACUUUACACGCAAUGCUUUGACGAAGUAAUACGCCAGGUGACAGUAAAUUGUGCUGAACGUGGUCUACUCUUGCUUCGAGUUCGAGAUGAACUUAAAAUGACAUUAGCUGCUUAUCAGACUUUAUAUCAAAGCAGUAUUGCUUUUGGUAUGCGUAAAGCACUCCAAGCUGAACAAGGAAAGGAAGAUCUAAUUGCUGCUGCAGAUGAGCUACAAUUGCAAAAGGCUGAGCUGGAGAAAACGGUUGCUGAAUUGAAACAAAAGUUUGAACAGGCUGAAAGAAGAGCAGCUGAAUUGAGAGAAGCAGAAGAAAAAAAGUAUACAGAAGAGAUACAGUUCCUUAAGAAAACAAAUCAGCAGCUAAAGGCACAAUUGGAAGGUAUUAUUGCACCGAAGAGAUAAAAUAACAAUAAAUGAUGAAACAUCUUUUAACCACUGAUCAAUGUGUUGAGUAUUGUAAGACACAUAUUAUUUAAUAGAUAACAUAGAUAAAUAAAUAUAUAUUUAUUCGUCAACUUAGUACCAUAAAUAUUUAGUACUAAUCAUAUAAACAGCACUUCAUUAGUUCAAUCGUAGUUUUCCAAUCCGGCACAUUUAAGGAAAUCAGUAGUUUCAGUUUAUUGCUUAUAAAAUAAACUAGGUGAUAAUAUCAAAAUAUAAAACGUGUACAAUGAAACGUAAUAUUGAGAAUUAGUUAUAUAAAUAAGAAUUAAUACAAGUAUUUUAAAAGUAUAUAUAAAUUAUUUCGAGUACUAUAUUUGACGUCGAUGUAAAGUACAUAUUUCUGAAUAUAUGAGUUUACAAAUAUGAUUUUGCCUUGUCUAUCUUAAAAAACAUGUGGCAUUUUGAAAUGUUGUAGUGUUAAAACAUUUUACAUUUUUUCAAGUAGACGAAUAUUUUAUGUAACAUUCAACACUAUAACUGUUAUACAUUUUUAUUUUACAUCCAACAUUUUUAAAAAAUGUUUUCUUUACUAUUUCUACAAAGGUAUAGUUUAGAUUGGCGGCAUAAUGUUCGCACAACUUUUGCAAAUAAUGCCAUCAGUAAUUUUAUUGUUGUUCCACUGUUAUUGACAACAGAUAUCAAAUUAUACAUAAUGGUUGUACAAAAAAAGUACUUUGUUCUUAUUGUACAAUUUUAAUGCAGUAUAUUGGUCCCGCUCCUUUAACCGCACUUUACACCAAAAUUAAUAGUGUAUCAAUUAAUAUUUGCUUAUGUUACAUAUUAUGUAAUUUUACAUGUAUAAUUUUUAUAAAUCUUAGUACUAAAAAUAUAAUCUGUUUUUAUUAAAAAAUUGUCUAUUAACCAUAUGAUAUUUUUAUGUUUAAUAGUGUUUACUCGAUACUGCAAAAACAAGUAGAAUAAGAGCAAUCGAGUUUAAAAUAAAAACAAUACAAUUGUUUAAAUAUUCUAUUUACCUUUCGU